AUGUUGCUCCUUUAUUUUCUUUGCCUUAUAUCGACGGCUCAGGCAUUCUAUCUUCCUGGGGUUGCACCAACAACGUAUCACGCCAAUGAUGAUAUUCAACUACUUGUCAACCAUAUAACCCCUUCGAAUAUUCAUUCUGCCAAUGGUAAUGAUAAAAACACAAAGACUUUUGUAUAUUCAUUUGAUUACUAUUUCCCAAAGCUUCACUUUUGUAAACCUAAAAAUGGUGAACCUCAAGCACAAUCAGAGUCUCUUGGAUCAAUUAUUUUUGGUGAUAGAAUUUACAACUCUCCUUUUGAAAUAAAAAUGUUGGAAGAUAAGAGUUGUGUUAAAUUAUGUACCUCAACAUAUUCCCAAUCAGAUGCUUUAUUUUUUAAUAAACUCAUCAGAUCAGGCUAUUACCAUAAUUGGAUUAUUGAUGGUUUGCCAGCUGCAAAACUAGUUAGAGAUCAAAAGACACAUUCCGAUUUCUAUGGUUCCGGUUUCCCUAUCGGUUUAAUCGAUGAACAAAACAUGGCUUACAUGGCUAAUCAUUUUGAUAUCCGUAUUGAGUACCAUCAAAGAAAGGAGGAUGAAUUCAGAAUUGUUGGUGUCUCUGUGGAACCUUAUUCUCUUAGCCGUAAAGUUCCUGAUAAUGAAGAUGGUAACAGUGAGUAUUGUGAAAAUGUUGACAAAUACAGUCCUUUACUUUUUGACAACGGUCAGGAUACGGAAGUUGAUUUCACUUACUCUGUUACUUUUGAAGCUUCGGAUACUGUCUGGGCCACCCGUUGGGACAAAUAUUUGCAUGUCUACGAUCCAAAGAUUCAAUGGUUCUCUCUUAUCAACUUUUCUUUAAUUGUUUUGUGUUUGUCUAUGGUUAUCGGUCAUAUUUUGGUCAAAACUCUUCGUAAUGAUAUUUACAAAUAUAACACAAUUGACCUCGAUGAUGAAAUUCAAGAAGAAAGUGGUUGGAAAUUAGUGCAUACUGACAUUUUCCGUGCUCCAAAACGUCGUAUGUUAUUGUCUGUGGUCACUGGUAGUGGUGCUCAGUUGUUCCUCAUGACUUUUACUACUAUUCUUUUCGCACUUCUUGGUUUACUUUCUCCUUCAAACAGAGGUGCAUUAUCAACAGUUAUGUUCAUCUUGUACGCUCUCUUUGGGUUUGUCGGUUCAUUUGUUUCUGGUUUCUUAUACAAAUUCUUUGAUGGUGAUAAUUGGAAACUCAAUAUGGUUUUAACCCCACUUCUUGUUCCUGGUGCUCUUUUCCUUUCCUUUGUCGGUCUCAACUUCUUUUUAAUCUUUGCAGGCUCCUCUGGAGCCAUUCCAAUUGGUACAAUGUUUUCUAUUGUCGUCAUUUGGUUUGUCAUUUCCAUCCCACUUUCAGUGCUCGGUUCUCUUUUCUCCGUCAAAUUCAACCGUGGUCUUAGUAAACCAGUCAAGACCAAUCAAAUCCCCCGCCAAAUUCCAGGACAACCAUUCUACCUCAAACUUCCUGUUAUCUCUGCUUUUGCUGGUAUUUUCCCAUUCGGAUCCAUGGCAGUGGAAAUCUAUUUCAUUUAUUCAUCGAUUUGGUUUAACCGCAUCUACUAUAUGUUUGGGUUCCUUUUCUUCUGCUUUUUGCUCAUGACCAUCACUUGCGCUCUCAUAACCGUCCUCAUGACUUACUACACUUUGUGUUUUGAAAACUACAGAUGGCAAUGGCGCAGUUUUAUCGUUAGUGGGUCUUGUGCCGCUUACAUUUUCAUCCAUUCUUUGUUCUUGAUCAAAUUAGACAGAUUGAAUGGAUUCAAUAGUGUCGUUCUAUAUUUGGGUUAUUCUGCCAUGGUUAGUGGGUUAGUUUUUAUAUUAUGUGGUAGUAUUGGGUUCAUUUGCAGUUUAUUCUUUGUUAAGAAAAUCUAUUCCGAAAUUAAGGUGGAUUGA